CUGUCUCUCUCUCUGAAAAUCUAUAUCACACACAUAGAUCAAGAAUAAGACGAUCAAAUGAACAGCAACAACUGUGUGGAAAUGGGUGGUAGUGAAGAAGAUGAUCAAAUAUGCAUGAUGGAAGAUCUUAGAAGAGGCCCAUGGACUGUUGAAGAAGAUUUCACUCUCAUCAAUUACAUCGCCCAUCACGGCGAAGGCCGCUGGAAUUCUCUUGCUCGUUGUGCCGGGCUUAAAAGAACCGGAAAGAGUUGCCGAUUGAGGUGGUUGAAUUAUUUACGACCUGAUGUACGUCGUGGGAAUAUUACUCUUGAAGAACAACUCUUAAUUCUUGAACUUCAUUCUCGUUGGGGCAAUCGCUGGUCAAAAAUAGCACAACAUUUACCGGGAAGAACGGAUAAUGAGAUCAAGAAUUAUUGGAGAACGAGAGUACAAAAGCAUGCAAAACAAUUGAAAUGUGAUGUUAACAGCAAACAAUUUAAGGACACGAUGCGGUAUCUUUGGAUGCCAAGACUCGUAGAGCGAAUUCAGGCAGCAGCCACGACACCUGCCACCACAGGUGGUUCCUCCUCCUCCACCACCACCACCACCUCUACCACAACCACCACCAACUCCUACCCACUCAACCAAACUAACAUGGAUUGUAUUGUUACAAGCCAGUUAGUAGUUCCCCAUGGCAAUAACAAUACUGGAAACACUUGUACAAAGUAUGCCAAUACCCAAAUGAUCACCCCUAGCUACACACCGGAAAAUUCAAGCACCACAGCAGUCUCACCUGUUUCCGACUUGACCGAUUGUUAUUAUCCAGCCAACCAAAGCCAAAACCAUGAAAUGUUUCAACACAAUAACCCGAUUAAUGGUGGAUUCACAGACGCCCUGAUUAGCCCGGCGGGUUACUUCAAUCAAGGGAUGGAUUUCCAAGCUACGGUAGAGCAAAACAACCAAUGGACGGACGGCGGUAACGGUGGUGAUGACUUCUCUGACAAUUUGUGGAAUGUUGAGGAUAUCUGGUUUUUAAAACAGCAAUUCAACAUGUGAAAAAAUUACUAAAUUUAUGUAUACAUUAUUGGUUUAGAAAGUUUACAAGAAUUUGUGAGAUACACGUUUCUAGUUUGUGAUCAAACAGAACAGCAUGUUUUCUUUUCUUUUUUUGUUUCUUGAUUUUUGGGUGGGUAUAGAAUUGUAAGUGGUCACUUUACAUCAUUUGUUCAUAAAGAAAUUUAUUCAACG